AGCAAAGGUGCCGAAGCCGAAAAAAUAAAAACAUUCCGUCACUCGCUUAAAGAAAAAGUUGCCGCACGGAUUUCAUUGAUCUCCGAUCGAGAAAUUCUUUUCAUUUUGGAUAAAAAUAUCUUUUUUUCUUUCCGAUCAGAGUGGUAUUAAUCCUCAAAAUGAUUAAUAUUUCGCGAACACUUGGCGGCGCAGUUUCGCGACAAAUUCUACGCAGUAACAACGCGACAGCUCUUGGACAGACUCGAACCUUCUCAUCCGAGAAAAAGUAUAGCAUCAAAGAUGAAGUACUUGACGGAAGACCACUCUACUUGGACGCACAGGCGACGACAUCACUGGACCCCCGAGUAUUGGACGCAAUGUUACCCUAUCUGACAGCAUACUAUGGCAAUCCACAUUCGAGGACGCACGCUUACGGUUGGGAAUCCGAAGGAGCGAUGGAGAAAGCAAGAUCCCAGGUGGCCAGUUUGAUCGGAGCUGAUCCAAAGGAAAUCAUUUUUACAUCCGGUGCAACCGAAUCGAACAAUAUUUCCGUAAAGGGAGUUGCACGAUUCUAUGGGGCCAAGAAGAAGCACGUCAUCACGACCCAAACCGAGCACAAGUGCGUGCUGGAUUCAUGCAGAGCUCUCGAAGGGGAAGGAUUCCGGGUCACCUAUCUACCGGUACAGCCGAAUGGGUUGGUUAGCAUGGAAGAGUUAGACAAAGCUAUCACGCCAGAAACAUCCCUCGUAUCGAUAAUGACCGUGAACAACGAAAUUGGCGUUGAACAACCCGUGGCCGAGAUUGGUAAACUAUGCAAAUCCAAGAAAGUAUUUUUCCAUACUGAUGCCGCUCAAGCGGUAGGAAAGAUUCCGAUCGACGUAAACAAGAUGAACAUUGAUCUAAUGUCGAUUUCCGGUCACAAGGUUUACGGACCCAAAGGAGUUGGUGCCCUGUACGUACGGCGACGUCCUCGAGUUCGUGUGGAAGCCAUUCAGAGCGGAGGUGGCCAGGAGCGUGGCAUUCGAAGUGGAACCGUUCCGACUCCACUGGUCGUUGGAUUGGGGGAAGCUUGUGAAAUCGCUAGCCGUGAAAUGGAGUACGAUCACAAAUGGAUGGAGUUCCUCUCGAAACGCCUGAUGGACCAAAUCUUCGCAUCGCUACCGAAAGUCAUCCGCAAUGGCGAUCCAGUUCAUUCUUAUCCCGGAUGUAUCAAUCUGUCGUUUGCAUACGUUGAGGGUGAAUCGCUGUUGAUGGCCCUGAAAGACGUUGCCCUCUCCAGUGGGUCCGCUUGCACUUCGGCUUCGCUGGAACCGUCGUAUGUGCUGCGUGCGAUUGGUGCCGACGAAGAUCUGGCUCACAGCUCGAUUCGCUUUGGCAUCGGACGGUUUACCACCAUCGAGGAAAUCGACUACAUCGCCGAAAAGUGCAUCAAGCACGUGACUCGACUCCGAGAGAUGUCCCCGCUGUGGGAGAUGGUCCAGGAAGGUAUCGACAUCAAGUCGAUCCAGUGGUCGCAGCAUUAGAGCGGACGGGUCGGGGCAUAUUUUAAAGAGAGAUUUGAUUUUGUAUGUUCUGCUGUGUAUGGUUGAAUUCAGUGAGGGUUUUUUUUUUGAAUUGUUAAUCAUUGAUUGUGUUAUUAACACAUCCACUUUUGGUAGUAAGUAGGUAUUGAGACGAGAGAAAAAUAAUGUAUAGCUUUGCUACAUAUGCUAUUAGAGACAGCAAUA